AUGUCAAAGGACGUUGCACUGUAACAAAUCAAGUUCAAGAUCAAGUUUCAUGGAAAGAUUAAGUUUAUUGGGGUUUUUUUAAGCCGAGGAAUCCCUAGACCUGGUUUCGGUACUUAAUAGUCUCAGUCACUUAAACUUUUGGGGAUGCUCAGACGACAACUAAAUAAACAUGAGACAUUAUGCAUACAUGCAUCUUUAAAAAAAAAAAGUCAAGCGCCUUGCUUGAGGGACCCAGUUUAUCCAUGAAAAAAAAAAUUAAUUAAUGUUUACAAUUAGAAUUGCAGUGGUAUUAAUCCAUAGAGCAGAAAUAAUUUUUGAGAUAUGUUAAAUGUGUCUAUCUGAGAGGGGUUGCUGAUAUUAAUAAUGGUGUGCACUGUUAAUGACGUGGUUUAUGCCCAUGUGUGUGUUUGUGUGAACUAAGCUGUCUAUCAAUAGCAUAACUUUACAUUUACAGCUCCAACUUCCAUGAGGGUACCGCAGUCUGUCGAGGAGUCAGUUACUACAGUCCGACCCACCACCAUUGCCGAGGAGUCAGUUACAACAGUCCGACCCUCCACCAUUGUCGAGGAGUCAGUUACAACAGUCCGACCCACCACCAUUACCGAGGAGUUAGUUACUACAGUCCAACCCACCACCAUUGCCGAGGAGUCAGUUACUACAGUCCGACCCUCCACCAUUACCGAGGAGUUAGUUACUACAGUCCGACCCUCCACCAUUGCCGAGGAGUCAGUUAUUACAGUCCGACCCUCCACCAUUACUGAGGAGUUAGUUAUUACAGUCCGACCCUCCACCAUUGUCGAGGAGUCAGUUACUACAGUCCGACCCUCCACCGUUGCCGAGGAGUCAGUUACUACAGUCCGACCCUCCACCAUUGCCAAGGAGUUAGUUACUACAGUCCGACCCUCCACAGUCCAACCCUACACUGCUGUCAGAGAAGAUUCUACUGUAUCUGCAUUAUGGAGUGCAAGAACUCAUCUGAAGAGGAAGACAACGACGGAACCACCAGAGAAGGAUACCAUUUUUGAUGAGCCUGAAGUUAAAGGAUUCUUCAUAUGGGCAGUUGCUGCAACAAUGGCUAUUGUCAUUGUCUUGUUGAGGAGAUGUAUACGAGAACAUGGGUAUUGUCAAUGCUGUAGAUGCAUUACACCUACACCUGCACCACCCACCUCUGGUAAUCUUAGCACGCAAACAGAAGAGAUUGAACUUAGCUCCUAUUCCACACCUUAUGCUUCUGAGAUAUCAUCUUCCACGAUUCUCCCUAAAACGUCAACACCCAGUAAAGACACAUCAACAAGCAUGUUAAGUGUUACAGACCGAGCAACCUCUGUGACCGAUCUGACCACAACAUCCGUAGAAAGUACAAAUCCUCUCCUACCUGUGGCAUCACGUACCAGAUCUCAGACCAAACAAUUGAAGUUUUGAGUGAUGUUUUAAAAGCUUGGGGGGGGGAAAAGUUUUCUUUUUUUUAUUGAUGUACUUGGAAAAUUUGUAUAAUUAAAGGGGAACAUGAUGACAUAGAGCGAAAGAGAGGUUAUGAUGGGGAUAAUAAUAAGACUUCCCUUAAAAAAGAUUUGUUUAUAAAGUACUAUGAUGUUUUGCAAACUUGAGUUUACCUGUUGUUUUUUAAGGAGAAUAAGUCAUGUUUGUUAUAUUUUUUUGGUAUAUUUUGAAGCGUAUUAGUUAUCAUACCUGAUUGGUUUUUUUUCUUCAAAUUUUCAGGAUUUACUACUUUUGUUCUUGGGAGAAUAUGAAGGAAUCUAUAUUUUUUAGGGUAAUCUUUUAACUAAGAAAAAAAUCAUUUUUUUUCUUUAAUUAUUGUACUGUUGUGGACAACAAGAAAUGUUUGUUAAUUUUUGAAGCAUACUCAUAUGUUUAUAUUUCACUAGCCUAUGAUUGGAUGUUUUUGCUGUGAUAGGUUAGUUACAGAAAUAUUAAUACAAUAUAGUAUUGUCUUGAUGAUUUUGUACUUUGUUAAAAAAUGUGUUUACUACAUGCUGAAAAAAAAAGAAUCUACUGCUCAGAUACUUCUUUCUAUUGAUAUCAUUUUACAAUUUUUAUAGAAAGUUUGCUAUUUGUGUAAUAUUUACAUAUAUUGAUAGUUUUUAAGCACCCUAUCAACUGUUAUUGAUGGUAUUGCCCCCUACACUUCUUUACUAGUUGGUCUUUGAAGGAGGCAAAUUUACUGGGUAAUUUUUUAAUUUUCUAAUGAAAAAAAUAGGGUUGUGUGAAAGUAAACACUUUUUUUUUUACCUG